GGCAGCCUAUAAUUUUAGAGAUUAGAUUGUCUCGGACUUGCGUGCUCGCGCGUAUUGUUGCAAACUUGAUUGAAGGCUUUGCUCGAAUGUCAUCCCCUUGGCUUGAGCGCUUUUGGCCCCUAAACCGCUGAUCUGCUGCCUGGCAGGAUUAUUUAUUUAUUUGUUUAACAGAUCAGAGAACCCGGUGCGCUGAUUACCAUGGCUGUCCAGUAACACGCGUUCAGCAUCAACGUGUACUAUUCACGUGUUUUUAGCAUCAGUGGAAAUUGAGGUAAAGCCUGAAACUGCUGGAAAUCGCCCAUCUCCAAGCCGGAAAGGAACAGAGACACGAGGUGCUGCAUUCAUGAGGAGGAUCAGCAGAGUAACAGAACCCUGUUGUAAAGUAUAUGACUAUUGCAAUGCACACAGCGAGGUAUUGUGGAAAAUCUUCUUGGGCUUCCUAUGUGCAGCCUACCUGGCAUACUUCAUUGCUGCCUGUGUUCUGAACUUCAAGCGAGCCCGGGGUUUGGUUGUUUUAACUGCCAUAGCCAUCUUUGGUGUGGCUGUUUGCCUGAUACAGAAAUGGUGUGGGGCAGCAAUUACCCAGCUGCUGAACCCUAUUGGGAAACGCUUAGAGACUGUCUGGCCAUGGCUGAAAUGGGUACUGUGCCUAUCUUUUUUAGGUGGUUUGAUCACAUGGCUGGUUAUUGAUGUGUCCAAAAGGCAAGAGCAAUUGAUAUCUUUUGGUGGCUUCUGUGUUUUGAUACUACUACUCUUCGCCUCCUCCAAACACCACAGGGCUGUGUCCUGGAGAGCUGUGUUCUGGGGGCUUGCCCUGCAGUUUAUCCUUGGCAUCCUUAUCAUUCGGACAGAACCUGGAUUUCUGGCUUUCCAGUUUAUUGGCGCACAAGUUCAGAUAUUCCUGGACUAUACCAGAGCUGGUUCCAGCUUUGUAUUUGGGGAAAAACUGAUCCAAGAAUCCUUUGCUUUUCUGGCAUUGCCCAUUCUUACCUUCUUCAGCUCUGUGACUUCUAUUCUCUACUACCUGGGCGUUAUACAGUGGGUGAUUCUGAAGAUCUCCUGGCUGCUGCAAAUUACCAUGAACACGACAACCAUAGAGUCACUGAGUGUGACAGGGAACGUAUUUUUGGGAAUGACAGAGGCACUGCUGCUUAUUCAUCCUUACUUGUCAGAACUAACCAGCUCAGAAAUCCACGCUGCAAUGACUGGUGGCUUUUCCACUAUUGCAGGCAGUGUGCUGGGAGCCUACAUUUCAUUUGGGAUUGAUGCUUCAUCCUUGAUUGCCGCUUCAGUGAUGGCUGCACCUUGUGCUUUGGCUAUGGCUAAACUUUCCUAUCCAGAAGUGAAACAGUCAAAAUUCCAUAAAAUGGAAGAUGUGAAUAUUUACCAAGGGGAGGAGCAAAAUAUCCUAGAAGCUGCCAGCAACGGUGCUGCCAUUUCUGUGGGGAUGGUCGCUAACAUUGCAGCCAACCUCGUAGCUUUCCUGGCUUUGCUAGCAUUCAUCAAUGCUGUACUUAGUUGGCUGGGACACAUGGUCAACUUACCAGAACUCUCCUUCCAGAUGAUCUGCUCUUAUGUCCUGGUGCCUGUGGCAUUCUUGUUAGGGGCAAGCUGGGAAGAUGCACCUGUGGUCGCUGAACUGCUGGGAAUUAAGAUCUUCUUAAAUGAGUUUGUGGCCUAUCAGCACCUGUCAGUCUACAGACAGAAACGAUUGGAUGGACUGCCAGAGUGGGGCAGAGCAACAAAGCAGUGGAUUUCAGUGAGAUCUGAAAUUAUUGCAACUUAUGCUCUGUGUGGAUUUGCCAAUCUGGGCUCCACUGGAAUCAUGCUGGGAGCUUUGACAUCCCUGGCACCACAUCGCAAGAGUGAAUUUUCUAGUAUCGUUAUGAGGUCAUUGUUCACUGGAGCCUGUGUCUCCCUGAUCAACGCAUGUGUUGCAGGUAUCCUAUAUGUACCCAGAGGAGAAGUGAUUAAUUGCCCAGACUUCUUCAGUACAACCGUUCUCAACGUUACCACCUACUCUACCUAUCGUUGCUGCAAGCAGUUGUUUGCCAGCACCUCAGCUGGAGCCAGUGGAUCAUCUUUCUCUGGAGUGUGGGCCAAGGUGCCCGCUAACAAAACUCAGGAGUAUCUCAAGUGGUGCUGUGGUCGCUAUACUGAUUCAGUCUGUAAAAAAUCGUAACUGCCAAGGGGUGAGUCAGGAUAACAUGAGGGGACAUCUCGCAGUAGCCCUGCUCAAUUGAACCAGGAGUCUGUUCCACAGCCCAAGCAAUAAAGUAGAUUUUAAACUGAAAAACUCAUAAGCAUGACUGUGCCCACCCUUGCACACAGGCAUCCUGUUACAGACCCCCCUCUGUACACAUUUGCUUCAUGUGAAAACCAGCAUUAACUCCAAAGAUGUGUUUUUAUGUUACAGUAUUUAUGAGAUGACAUGGUUCAUGUUAGAAAAACAGCUUCUUUGUGCUACCAUUUAUGGUAUUAAUUCCAGAGAGCUGUGUGUAGGUGUGUGCAAAUUUCCCAUCUCCCUCCAGACAAAGCUCCUUGUAGUCUUUUGUUUUCUUCCCCACAUCCCCACUCCUUGAUUUUUUUACUGUUAACUAUUGUAUCUGUUACUACUGUUUUAUGAACACUGGAAACCACUUGGGAAAUCUUUUCAAUGCUUAUUAAAAUGUUUUAAAUAAAAUAUAAAAAUAAAAUACAUACAAU